GUGUCUGUUCAGUGUGCCGCAACAACAGCACUACCCUCGCAUAGCAACCGGUUUAUUAGCCAGUGACACAAGGACCUAAAAUGAUAUAAAAGUGUGGGUGUGGCGGUCGUAUCGUGUGCCCUAGUCGACCAGCGUUUGAACUGGGAUGUUUUUUUAUUUGUAAAACAAAAAGACAGAAAUGAUCAACGUUGGUGUGUCGGCGCUAGCUAACUAGCAGUCUGGCUAACCGGAAUACGGGGACCCGGCCAGUCAGCAGACUGACAGAAGGAAGCCAAGAUUUGUGUGAAGCCGACAAGAUGGACGGGGAUUCGGCGGCAGCUUCGGAGCGAAUCCUGCUGGAGCCGUACAAGUACUUGUUGCAACUGCCAGGAAAGCAGGUGAGGACGAAACUGGCCCAAGCAUUUAACCACUGGCUCAACGUUCCAGAGGACAAACUGCAGGUGAUCAUCGGAGUGACCGAGAUGCUGCACAACGCCAGCUUGCUCAUAGACGACAUCGAGGACAGCUCCAAGCUGCGGCGAGGCUUCCCCGUGGCCCACAGCAUCUACGGCAUCCCCUCCGUCAUCAACUCCGCCAACUACGUCUACUUCUUGGGUCUGGAAAAGGUAUUGACGCUUGAGCACCCCGAGGCCGUCCCCGUGUUCACCCGGCAGCUGUUGGAGCUGCACCGCGGCCAGGGCCUAGACAUCCACUGGAGGGACACCUACACCUGUCCCACAGAGCAGGAGUACCGCAACAUGGUGCUGCAAAAAACCGGGGGGCUCUUCGGCCUGGCUGUGGGUCUCAUGCAGCUCUUCUCCGAUUGGAAGCAGGAGUUGAAACCCCUCCUGGACACGCUCGGCCUCUUCUUCCAGAUCCGCGACGACUACGCCAACCUGAGCUCUCGCGAGUACAGCGAGAACAAGAGCUUCUGCGAGGACCUGACAGAGGGCAAGUUCUCUUUCCCCAUCAUUCACGCCAUCUGGUCUCGUCCAGAGAGCACCCAGGUGCAGAACAUCUUAAGGCAGCGCACGGAGAACGUGGACAUCAAACGAUACUGCGUGGACUACCUGGAGAAGGUGGGCUCGUUCGCCUACACCCGUCAGACUCUGCGGGAUCUAGAGGUUGAGGCGUACCGACUCAUCAAGGAGUUCGGGGGGAACCCUCAGCUGGAGAGCCUGAUCAAACACCUCAGCAAAAUGCAUCACGAAGCCGAAGCCACAGCCGCAGCAGAAUCCAGUACUGAGCCGCACUCCAGCCAAAACCACUGACCUCACCCUCCCUUUCACCGCUACAUGAUUCACACACUCAGCCCGCACACUCCAUCAACACAGAGGCUGCGCUGAUACACCAAUGCAGACAAACACAUUCCUGUGAAGCCCAGCAGCAGGCGUACGACACAUUUCACAAACUAAUUCAUGAGUCGUAAUGAAUCAAUAAACUAGCGCACUUGAAUUGUGGUGGACGGCUUUGACAGCUUGGCAUUCAGCAGCCCCAAAUGUUGCCUUUAUCUUUUUGUGUGCUACAAAGGCUUCCUUUUUAAAUGUUGCACAUCAGCGUUUUGCAUCCAAGUGAAGCUGUGAAGUCAGUGGAAGAAAUGAAUUAAGAUAGAAAAUAACUUGAUUUCAGAUGCGCUUUUUCUGAAAAUGAAAAAUAAUAAAGAUGGGGACAAAACUUAAAAGCCUUCCUUUUGAUGUGCACCGUGCUGCAUAUAAAUGUAUUUUUUUUAAUGUUUUGCCACCAAAUGAAAAUGGUUUAUCUAGGGCCAAGUGAAUGCUGGGUGUUUUUCACUGAAGCCUCUGUUUCAAAUAAGAUGUGGAUGUUUGGAGUGCAUGAUGUACGAUUUGAGAAUCCUUAAUCAUUAAGCCGCCAGAGUGCCAAUCCUGAAGACCUCUGUGACUGAAUUGUCUUCUUGUUAUGUAACAUUGCUGGCAUUAUAUGCAAAGUAGUGCUCAAGCUGUUUAUGAAGACUCUGCAUCUGAUUCAGACUAAACGGUCUUUCACAUCUGUACUGUUUUAUUAGGAUGAUCCAAUUAUGUUUGUGAGUAUACACUGUGCUGCAGUAAAGGAAUUACUUGUGUCUAUUAAAUUAAAAAAAAACAACAACCUUCAAAAGAUAACCUGUGGGCUUGUCUGACUUCUAAAACUUUUCUCAUCUUUGCAGCAGCUCCGAGGUUCAUUUGGAUUUUUGGUGCUUUUGAACUUAAUGUGUUGAAUGUAAUUUAAGAGGAAACAACAGCGAGCCCUUCCCCAGAGACGACCAGCACCAUCUACUGAGCGCAUGGGUGUAGUUGAAAAUC